CUCGCGAUAAUCGUCGCCAAUUGACCUUGUACCCCGCCAAAGACACGAAUUGAAACAAGAAGUGACGUUAUACACGACCGCCGAACCAUCUCCGUCGCCGCAAAUCAUCUUUCUCUCCUACAAGUGACUCGCCGUCACCAAGACACAACACAACACACAUCAUGUCGUUCUCAUCACUCGUAUCUGAUCUCACAUACCGCGACCGCAACGGCGGUGCUGACGAUAGAAGAUCCACCGUGUCACGACAGGUAUCUACCAUGUCGCGCGCCCGCUCUUACGCCAGCACCGCAGCCACCAGCGUCAGCAUCACCGGAGACAUCUCCAGUCAACUUCACGGUGGUUACAGCCAUCCCCUUGCCCGCGCAUGGCAGGCUGAGCGCCAGUUGACCAAAUCAAUGCUCAUCUACCCCCUGUUCAUCACCGACAACCCAGACGAGGAGACUCUGAUUCCUUCAUUGCCUGGCCAGUACCGCCGUGGCCUGAACAAGCUCGUACCUUUCCUCCGUCCUCUGAUGGCAAAGGGUCUCAAAUCAGUCAUCCUGUUCGGUGUUCCUCUUCAACCUGAAGCAAAGGACGCUCUGGGCACCUCCGCCGAUGACCCGACCGGCCCCGUCAUCGCUUCGAUACGUCUGCUUCGCAAGGCUUUCCCUUCACUCUUCAUCACCGCCGAUGUAUGUCUUUGUGAGUACACCAGCCAUGGCCACUGCGGUAUCCUGCGUGAGGAUGGCAGUCUGAACAACGCCCUCUCGGUCGACCGCAUCUCGGACGUCGCCAUGGCCUACGCUGAAGCCGGUGCCCACUGUGUUGCUCCCUCAGAUAUGAACGACGGUCGCAUCCGCGCCAUCAAGCUGAAGCUCAUCGAAGCUGGAAUUGCACACAAGGUUGUCCUCAUGUCUUACUCGGCCAAGUUCAGCGGCUGUCUGUACGGUCCCUUCCGCGAUGCUGCUGGCAGCACUCCCUCGUUCGGAGACAGACGCUGCUACCAACUCCCCCCUGGCGGCCGCGGUCUCGCUCGCAGAGCCAUCAUACGCGACAUCAACGAAGGUGCCGACAUCAUCAUGGUCAAGCCCGCCUCUCAAUACCUCGACAUUAUCAGUGACGCAAAAGAGAUUGGCAAGGACUUGCCUGUUGCCGCAUACCAGGUCAGUGGUGAGUACGCCAUGAUCUGCGCUGCCGCCAAGGCUGGUGUCUUCGAUCUCAAGACUAUGGCUUUCGAGGCCACUGAGGGCAUUCUCCGUGCUGGCGCAAGCAUUGUGGUCUCGUACUUCACUCCCGACUUCCUGGACUGGCUCGACAACUAGAUCACAGGACACAAAGAUCUCGGGAUACUGGCUAUCCUGCCUUUGCUAAUGUGUUUCGGUGACCUGUCGCUUUUCUUUUCGCAUGUCCUUCUCAAAAAGGGACUGGAGUUCUAUUCAAGGAUGGGGUAGGCGUUUUCUCCGAGGCUCAUCGAUAGCCUUUUGCUUCUUCUCUGAGCGAUUUCUCCCUUGACUUUACUUUUCUUGUUUGCUUCUUUCGCCGUCUCUGGCUUUGCUGUAACGAUACCAAAAAGAAUACCAACGAACCAUCUCGACUCUA